GUCCCAUUCACUCUUGUGUUGAUACAUCCACUACAAGAAAAAGGAUACGGUUUUAUGGAUUAUUAAGGAUUAUGGUUCACCAGACGAAAUCAUCUGUGAGGAAAAUGGUUAAGAAGUCUCUUGUUGCUGGGCUGGUGGUCUUGCUUGUGGCUGCAGUUGGUUUUUUCAUGGGUGUGUAUUUGGGGAUCGGAAACAGGAGAUUUGCUGUAUCCUCUGACCAUUUCUACUCAAAAGCAGCAGUGGCAGCAGAUGCCGGGAAGUGCUCUGAGAUUGGGAGGGACAUCUUAAAGCGCAAUGGUUCAGCAGUUGAUGCUUCUAUUGCUGCUCUGUUGUGUGUUGGGCUGUUUAAUCCACACAGCAUGGGCAUUGGAGGAGGGCUAUUCUUCACCAUUUACAAUGCAGCAACAGGAAAGGUGGAGACAAUUGAUGCCAGAGAAACUGCUCCAAUGAACGCUUCAGAGAACAUGUUUGGCAAUAACACCCAGCUGUCACGAAAAGGAGGGUUGUCCAUCGCCAUACCAGGAGAAAUCCGUGGUUACGAGAUGGCGCACAAAAGACAUGGGAGACUGCCAUGGAGGGAACUGUUUCAGCCCAGUAUAGAAUUGGCACGCAAUGGUUUUCCAAUUGGCAAGUCCUUGGCCAAUGCCAUUGCAAAAAACAAAGAAUCAAUUCUGAGUGACGUGAUGUUGUGUGAAGUGUUUUGUGACUCAAACAAAAACCUCCUGAGGGCAAAUGAUAUCAUUAGAUUUCUCAAACUCGCUGACACCUAUGAGAGGAUAGCGGAAGAAGGGCCGGAUGUUUUUUACAAUGGAUCUAUGGCCCAGAAUAUAGUGAAUGAUAUCCAGGCUGCAGGAGGGAUUAUAACACUUGAGGACCUAAUGGAAUAUAAGCCAGUGUUAAAUGAGACCCCGUUGAAGUUAACUGUGGGGGAGUACACCAUUAAUAUUCCUGAUGCUCCAUCCAGUGGACCUGUACUCGCUCUGAUUCUUAACAUAGUGGAUGGUUACAACUUCUCAAACAGCAGUGUGUCCACAGCAGAGAAGAAGACUUUGACAUAUCACCGCAUCGUAGAGGCAUUUCGUUUUGCUUAUGCAAAGAGGAGUAAACUGGGAGACCCGCGUUACCUCAACAUUACUGACCUCAUCCAAAACAUGACCUCAGACUACUUUGCAGACAACAUCAGGAGUAAAAUCACAGAUGACACCACUCACCCAGACACCUACUACGAUCCCGAGUACUUUGUACCCGAUGACCACGGCACGGCUCACCUGUCAGUCAUCGCAGAGGAUGGGAGCGCGGUGGCGGCCACCAGCACUAUCAACCUUUAUUUUGGCUCUAAGGUGAUGUCACGCUCAACUGGGAUUAUCUUUAAUGAUGAGAUGGAUGAUUUCAGCUCUCCUUACAUUACCAAUGGCUUUGGGGUUCCCCCUUCACCCAACAACUUCAUUCAGCCAGGUAAAAGACCACUUUCAUCGAUGUGCCCCACGAUAAUAUUUGACAAACACAACAGAGUCAAAAUGGUGGUUGGGGCCUCAGGUGGGACGAAAAUCACUACAGCAACUGCUCUGGUGAUCCUGAACUCACUGUUCUUUCACUACGAUCUGAAGAAAGCGGUUACAGAACCAAGAGUCCACAACCAACUCAAUCCCAACAUGACAGUUGUAGAAGAGGACUUUGAGCAGAGUGUUCUUGAUGGCUUGGCUCAGAAGAAUCAUGUAACAGAGCUGCUGAGGACGCCAGGAGCAGUAGUGCAGGCCAUCGUGCGACAAGGGGACAAACUCUGCGCUGAAUCUGAUCCCAGGAAAGGCGGCUAUCCUGCAGGAUACUGAACGCCACUCCCUCUCACCCUUCUCACAUUUUGUGGACUUUCGUUCAUUGGUGACUCAAUCAAGAACCAGGAAAGACUAAUAUACACAUUCAAAAGCAAUUAGUCCAACAAUCAACAUGGACUAUAAUGCACAAGGUUGCACAAAGACUCCCUGUAUUUAUUAACUUUUCUUUUUGACGGGAAAAUGUUUCAUCGGUAUCAAUAGUGCCUUACUUUCAUAUUGAACGGUCUAUGGUUUUACCAAGCUUAUUUAUUCCUUUUGUGUGUAGAGAAGAGUAUUGAUUAUCAGUAUGUGGGGGUCAUUUGGUACCUGAUUCCAUUGUACAGGUUC